GCAGUGAAACGAACGACUCGUCUGGCUCAGCAGGAACUAUUAACGAUGAAGAUAAUUCGGACAGGUCUGCCAGAGCUGGACUUUGCGAAGUUGGAGGAGCAGCUUACAAAUGCAGCAAGAGAACGAGAAGAACACGAUCGGAGACUAUUGGGUGAAGAGGUAAGGCGUCGAUUAGCCUUACAAGCCGACUCAUGGAAAGGAGCAAGCCCAGCGGUGAGCACUCGUCCCCACCGAUCUAAUUUAGCCCUACGACUACAAACAGCUAUGAACUUACAGGUAAUCGCAUCCUGA